AAACACCAAAGCCCCAAAUCCAAGAAGUACUCCAGCAGGCAGCCGUCCAGGUCCAGCAUUCCAUAUUUUUGCGAUCAGUUUAUCUCGCCUAUUUCGCGACCAGAGACCAGCAGUACUCCAGCGACAAGAAUUCACGGAAUAGUCUCCAGACUCCGGCGGCGGAAGAACAAUUCAGACUCCAGCGGCGCGAAGAUUCUCUCUUCACUCCAGCAUCCAGAAUUGGAUAUUGAAUGAUCUGAAGUACAGAGAUCUUGGUGUUUAAUUUGGUCUGUUGGUUGUGAGGGAUUGAAAGUCAUGGCAGCUCCAGAUGGACUGAGAACAGGAAGUGCACCACCAAACUAUAAUUCCAAUUCGGUUGCAGAUAAUAUCCAAAACCUUCAAAUCAGUAGGCCCAAUCAGCCAACAAUGCCAAGGCCUACUUCAGCUUUUGGUCAACAACCUCAGCACCGCUCACCAUUUGGACAACAGCCACCUCCCUUUUCUACGGGGCCUCCCAUGGGUCGUCCAGUUAUGCCCCCUCCUGGCGCAACACCAAGGGGCAUGACUCCCGUAGGUCCUGGGACACAAAAUGCAAUACCUCCAAAUGUGGCUACUAGACCAACAGGUUCUCCUUCAAUAGCACGCAUUCCUCCUCCUUUUGCUUUCAGGCCUCCACAUCCGGGUGAUUUGCCUUCAAUAAACCCUAUUCCCCAACAGGGCCCUUUUAUGGACUUGCCAUUUGGAUCAGCUAUUGCGCCACCAUCAAGCAUUCCCGCAAGUAGUAUUGGGCCGCCUGUGCUUGGGUCAGGGCCAAUGCAUGGUGGAACGGGAUUGCCUCCUACAUCCAAUGUGUUGAGGCCACCACGAGUUGGACCUCCACCAGCAAUGGUUUCAUCUGGAACUCCUUCCCAGCUUCCUAGCAGGCACUCCCCUUUUGGUAGUCCACCUCCAGCUGCACAGGUUACACCACAGCAGCCGAUUCCUUUUUCAUCACCACAUCUUCCCUCACCAUUUGCACCACCAGUCCAAGGUGCACAUCCACCCACACACUAUAUGCAGACUUGGCAAACACAACCCAAUCAGGUGGCUGCUCCUGGUUCCAUGCAACUUCCAAGGACAUAUGGAAUCCCUCCUCCACAUCAAAGUCAAUCAGUGGCUUCUAUAGCUCCUCCUCCAAGUCACACGGGUGCCUCUGUGAUGGGACCAUCAAAAAUCGAUCCAAAUCAAAUUCCUCGGCCAAUCCCAGGUUCUGCUGUGAUUGUCCAUGAAACUCGACAAGACAACCAAGCCAACCCUCCUCCGCCUGCUACAAGUGACUAUAUUGUCAAAGAUACUGGAAACUGUAGUCCACGCUACAUGAGGUGCACAAUUAACCAGAUUCCUUGUACACUUGACCUCUUGACGACAUCUGAGAUGCAGCUGGCUCUGUUAGUGCAGCCCUUGGCUCUUCCACAUCCCUCUGAAGAGCCCAUUAAAGUUAUUGAUUUUGGAGAAAGUGGUCCUGUCAGGUGCUCUCGUUGUAAGGGCUACAUAAACCCUUUUAUGAAGUUCAUAGACCAGGGCAGACGUUUCAUAUGUAACUUAUGCGGAUAUACAGACGAUACCCCUAGAGAUUAUCAUUGUAACUUGGGUCCUGAUGGCAGGCGUAGAGAUGCUGAUGAAAGGCCAGAACUCUGCCAAGGAACUGUGGAAUUCAUUGCUACCAAAGAGUAUAUGGUCAGGGAUCCAAUGCCUGCUGUAUAUUUUUUCCUUAUUGAUGUAUCCAUGAAUGCAAUACAGACAGGUGCAACUGCAGCUGCUUGUAGUGCAAUUAGUCAAGUUAUCUCUGAUCUUCCUGAGGGUCCUCGAACAUUUGUUGGCAUUGCUACAUUUGACUCGACUAUUCACUUUUACCAUCUAAAACGUGCAUCGCAGCAGCAGCCACUGAUGCUUAUAGUCCCAGAUGUGCAUGAUGUGUAUACUCCCCUUGAGACUGAUGUUAUUGUUCAACUUUCUGAGUGCCGUCAACAUCUGGAUCUUCUCCUAGAAAACAUCCCUACAAUGUUUCAAACCACCAGGACUGCUGAUUCAUCUUUUGGUGCUGCAAUCAAGGCUGCUUUUUUGGCUAUGAGAAGUACUGGGGGGAAACUUCUUGUUUUUCAGUCAGUUUUACCCUCUAUUGGUAUGGGAGCUCUUUCUGCUAGAGAAGCUGAAGGAAGGAUCAAUAUAUCUGCUGGUGAAAAGGAGACUCACAAGUUACUCCAACCAGUUGACAAAGUUUUAAAAACCUUGGCUAUUGAGUUUGCUGAAUAUCAGGUCUGUGUUGAUGUUUUUCUUACCACACAAAUGUAUGUUGACAUUGCUUCUAUCUCUGUCAUCCCAAGAACAACUGGGGGCCAGGUGUACUAUUAUUACCCUUUCUCUGCCCUCUCUGAUCCUGCCAAGCUUUACAAUGAUCUUCGUUGGAAUAUUACACGGCCACAGGGAUUUGAGGCAGUAAUGCGUGUGAGAUGCAGCCAGGGAAUUCAAGUUCAGGAGUAUAAUGGAAACUUUUGUAAACGCAUCCCAACCGAUGUUGAUCUACCUGCGGUUGACUGUGACAAGACAAUAAUGGUAAGCUUGAAACAUGAUGAGAAACUCCCAGAUGGUUCGGAAUUUGCUUUUCAGUGUGCUCUUCUCUACACUACAAUUGGUGGCCAAAGAAGAAUACGAGUUUCGACAUUGUCUUUGCCAUGCACCACUAUGAUCAGUAACCUGUUCCGUUCAGCUGACCUAGAUACCCAAUUUGCUUGUAUCUUGAAACAAGCCGCCAAUGAAGUUCCUACGGCUCCACUUUCACAGAUCCGGGAACAAGUGACUACCCGUUGCAUCAAUAUUUUGUAUUCCUAUCGCAAAUAUUGUGCCACGGUUUCAUCAUCGGGGCAACUUAUUCUUCCUGAGGCACUUAAACUGUUGCCUUUAUACACUCUUGCUUUGGUAAAAAGCACUGGAUUGAAAACUGAUGGUCGUAUAGAUGAUAGAUCAUUUUGGAUCAAUUUUGUCUCUCCUCUUUCUGCUCCACUUGCAAUUCCCUUUGUGUCUCCUAGACUGAUAGCGGUUCAUGAUCUCAAAUUGAAGGAGGCAGAUGCACCUCUUAUUCCAGCUUCUAUCCCACUUUCCAGUGAGCAUAUUAGUGACUCUGGGAUAUAUGUCCUUGAGAAUGGGGAAGAUUGCUUAAUUUAUGUUGGGGGCUCUGCUGAUCCUGAUAUCAUGCGCCAAUUGUUGGGCUUUUCUUCUAUUGAAGAAAUGCCUGCUCAUUUUGUGCUGCAACAAUAUGACAAUCAAUUGUCAAAGAAGCUUAACGAAAUCAUAAAUGAACUCAGGCGCCAAAGGUGUAACUAUUUCCGCUUAAAAUUAUGCAAAAAAGGUGAUUCAUCAGGAAUGCUGUUUUUCUCGUAUAUGGUCGAAGAUAAGACUCAAGCCGGACUCUCAUAUGUUGAGUACCUCAUACAUAUUCAUCGUCAGAUUCAAAGCAAAAUGGCAUAAACACGUGUUGUUUGCUCUGAUCAGAUGAGGUCAAGUUAUAAAAGGUGUGGUUGGCUUCUAAACACGGACUGAUGAAUAUAGAUAGUGGACCAAGCAGUUUUUUUUAAAUAUAUGGCAAAUUUUUAGUUGGCAAAUAUAAGUGUGUAAUGUCUAUUUCUAUUUGCUGCUGCAAUUAGGCUUAAAUGGAAAUGGUUAGAGACAAUUUUAUUCUGGGUUUGGUGCGUGGGCAGAUCUUCAGCUGUCGGGAGGUUUUUUUUUUUACUUGAAUUUUGUAAAAUAGUGUUUUCAAGAUACUAAAGUAUAAUACAAAAACGUAUAGACAGGCUUAUUUUUGUUCUUUUAUUGAUUGAUAGGGGCAACUGAUGGAUGUUUAAAACCUACUAAUCACAUACGUAGAUAAGAUCUCCUAAACCUUUAUUUUUCUAAGGCUAAGCAUAACGCUCCACCCUCCAAUUGUGUGUGAUCCAACAUGGCACUUGCCAUGGUGGAGUGAGACACCAUGAACACCAAUCCUCCAUUGGAGUGAGAGGAGGGCAGGAUUAUUUCCGGGAGCACAGCCAUGGGAUCCAAUUUCUCGGGAUACUCAUACUUUUGACCGUAUGACGUUACUGGUAGUGAGAAUUAGAUUUGUUACUCGCACAAAUCGAAUUUAUCGGGAUACUCAUAGCUUUGAUUGUAUAAGGUUUUACCAGUACUGACAAAUGAACUUGUUACUUGCACAGAUUCAAUUUCUGUGAAUACUCAUAAUAAUUGUAUAAGAUGUUA